AUGGAGAAAUGGAAUGAAACAUCAAAUGAUUUUAGUUUGCUGGGGUUGUUUCCUCAAAACCAAACUGGCCUACUUCUCUUGCUCCUGAUCAUCUUUGUAUUUGUUCUCGCCUGUUUGGGGAACUCAGGGAUGACUGCCCUCAUCUUCUUGGACCCACGGCUCCACACCCCCAUGUACUUUCUCCUCAGCCAGCUCUCCCUCAUGGACCUGAUGUACAUUUCCUCCACGGUCCCCAAGAUGGCAAUCAACUUCCUCUCUGGCCAGAAGAGCAUCUCCUUCCUGGGCUGUGGUGUGCAAAGCUUCUUCUUCCUGACCAUGGCUGGCUCAGAAGGUUUAAUCCUGGCCUCCAUGGCCUAUGACCGCUUUGUGGCCAUCUGCAACCCCCUCCACUACCCCAUCCGCAUGAGUAAGAGGUUGUGUGGGAAGAUGAUCCUGGGGUCCUGGACACUGGGCUCCAUCAACUCCAUGGCACAUACUUUCUAUGCCCUGCAUCUUCCUUAUUGCAGGUCCAGGGCCAUCAAUCAUUUCUUCUGUGAUGUGCCUGCAAUGUUGCCACUGGCCUGUGUAGAUACCUGGGUCUAUGAGUACAUGGUGUUUGUGAGCACAAGCCUGUUUCUCCUUGUUCCUUUCCUUGGCAUCAAUGCCUCAUAUGGACGGGUCCUUGUUGCUGUCUUCCACAUGCGCUCAAAAGAGGGAAGAAAAAAGGCCUUCACCACAUGCUCAGCACAUUUAACUGUGGUGACAUUUUACUACACACCUUUUGUCUACACUUACCUCCGUCCCAGGAGUCUCCGCUCCCCAGCAGAGGAUAAGAUCCUUGCAGUCUUCUACACCAUCCUCACCCCCAUG